GAUAGCGUUUCAUUUCAGUACUCUCCGACCUGAGUUGGAGGGAACAUCGCGCAACCACGAUCUAGCAACCGUCGGAACCACACAGUCCAGACGUAGUACUGCCGGUAUUUGAUCGGCUAUCGAUAUAACCACGGUUCGCGAGGGAUCUUGUGACGGAACCCACAGUGAAUGCGGUGUUUUGACGUCGCCCGUGAUAACUUUUCGGAGAUUUAAACUCCAAGAGCCAACAAACCUAAGGUUAAGAGUGUUUGAUUUGGACUCGGCAAAUACCGAAGGUACUGUUUACUCGACAAAUAAGUGAACAAACAAUGAUUUCUUAAUCUGUCUACCUUUUUGUGGAAAUUUGAAUAUGUAACAAAACUCUGAAAUUCGUACCAAGUGAUGGUUGUUGUCGCUAUUUUGUUGAAAGUGUUUUUAUUUUGAUUUUUAUCUCCGACGAUUUGAAUAUGGCUUCUGACGAGGAUUGCAAUACGACCUACACCUAUCCGUUAAUGGAGAACGCAACCCCCUCUCCCCAAACCAACCCCUACACCAACUGCAUCUCCCCCUCCAACUCUCCCUCCCCCCUCCUCUCCUACCUGUCCCAAACAGCCCGCUACGACUACCACGACCAGGAGCUGAUGACGUCACAGAUGAUCGGCCAAUCGCUUCCCAAGGCCCAAGAGAUGUGGGGUGACAUGUCACCAAACAUGUAUCCGGAGUACUGCAACUAUGAGAACCGUUACGCCAUUCGCGCAAAUUACGCAGAAAGUUCUUUACCAGUGUUUGCGCAAGCUAGGACUAAUUUCGGGCCCAAGAUGGGCGGUCAGGGACAAAAAGUGCCGAAGGAGGCUAGGAUCAGGAGGCCCAUGAACGCCUUCAUGGUCUGGGCGAAGGUGGAAAGGAAGAAGUUGGCUGAUGAGAAUCCGGAUCUGCACAACGCGGAUCUGAGCAAGAUGUUGGGCAAAAAAUGGCGAUCUCUAACACCCCAAGACCGAAGACCAUACGUCGAAGAAGCAGAACGCCUAAGGGUUAUCCACAUGACCGAACAUCCCAACUACAAAUAUAGACCACGACGGCGGAAACACAAUAAGCAAAGAGCCACCUCCGGUACCACCGCAAGAGUCGGAACCUCCCUGCCAAGUCCUAGUCUAGCAAGCAUGUCCCCUCGCUACGCCGGCUACAUCCCAAACUCCAGCCUCUCGCCCAGCAUCUCCCAAUCCAGCAACUUCAGCGGCAUGGAAUACGCAAGCCCUGGUGCCUCCGACUUCAACCAAGACAAGAGGUACAGUCCUGAGUACCAGCAGUACAACUACGUCAGCAGCUACCAGUACGCGCAGAAAAGUCCGUAUUCGAUUCACACUCCUGAUGCAUCACCUACUCAAAGUCCUGAACCUAAGAACGCGCCCAAGACUCCUGGAAGCCCAUCGCAGGACACCAAGGACUCGAGUGAUAAGAACAGUGCUCUUCCUACACCUGAACUAUCACCUCUAGAACAUGAAAACCAGUUUGAGGAGAAACAGAGAUUAUCGAACAUCCAACAUACUAGCAACGUGGUAAACAACAUGUCGCCUAAUUUGAGUCCUGGACAUCCUAGCUAUAACCGUGUCCAGAACUACAGACAACCCAACAACGUAAAUUACACCAAUACUCACCCAGUCACCUCGGUACCAAUGCCAAAUGGUGCCAUGUAUGUUAUGUGUACCAAUAAGAGCUCAGUGGAGCAAGGACAUAUAGUGACAGGUACCUAUUUCCCUCCUGUUGCAACAAGCCAGGACCAACAACUCUUAGGUUCUAAUCAAAACACCAUGGGUCAUGUAGUGACAGCCAACAAUACUGGAAAUAUGACCUUCUACACUCCUUCAAUGUCCCAGUACUACCCUAAGGACUAUUCAUUUGACCAAGCCAACAAAGACGCGUACAACAUGGCCUUUUCGAACGCUUUGAAAAACGACAUGUUGGAAAAAAGUGAGUACCUCCAAAACUAUAAGGUACCAUCGUUGGAGGAUCAGUACGUAUCGUACCAGAGCAACAAUUUGGUGAACUACAUACCGGCAAACGAGGAACGAAGUGAUGUUGACAGUGAAGUUGACAGCCGGGAAUUCGAUAAGUACCUUAAGUUUGGCGGUAGUGAGAAUUUAAUAGACAAUAACCACAACUACCAUAGGGGCGAUCCUAACAUAAAUUCAAAUUCGACUUAUAACUUUCAAGCUCAACAUACCUCUGUGAUCCUACCUAACACGAACAUCAAGCCAGAACCAGCCUUAGCACAUUAUUCAGAUGUUUACUCUGACGGUUCUCAGAACGGCGUGAUCCCAAACAAAGACGAUGAUUUCAGUGAAAUAUUAGCAGAUGUUAGAAAAACAUGCUACAGUAAUUAGUCAAUGGUGGAGUUUAGAAUUUGUAUAUUAUUUAUUUGGAAAUGUACGCUAUCAUGAAAAUGAAAAAUUAAAACAUGAAUUUCCGUUUUGAUUGAUCUCCAGAUCAUGUUAACCGAUCUCAGUGAAUACUGUCCUAUAUUUGAGAUUGUUUGCUUCAUAUUUACUGAUAAUAAGAAUAUCCAGUGUGUGUGAGACGGCAACUGAGCAAAUAUUUAUCAAUUUCGAAUCAAGCGAUAAGGUAUGAAGAUUUAAUUUUUCAUUUUAUUUGUUUAUUCACUUGUCACACUAUUUAUUUUAGAUCAGGUGUAACGUGUUCUAUUUUGAUGUCUGUAAAAAUUGCUGUUUGCGAAAAAUUAGUUUUAUUGAACCAGUGACAAUUUUUUUUUUGGAAAUAUUUAGACGAUUUAAUUAGAGUCAUUAUAACUAAAAAUAUCACAGUGAUUGAAUCACCUAAAGUGAAGACUGGAUAUUGAAUCGUUGAUUCAAUUGAAAGAGCCUAUAUAUAUUAUUGACAAAUUGUUAAAUGUGGAGAUGUAUGUACCUUUAUGUUUAUUCUUAUAUUUAUAGAAAUGUUUGUUAAAUAGGGUAUUUCGAUUAAAGUGUGAACUAAGUUUUGUAUAAAUGAGUUUAUUGUAGAAACUUUCGUAAAAACCAAAGUCUGUACAUUGUGUAAUAUAAUAUAUUGGAAAUAUCAUUGUAAAUAAACGAUAUUUUCUAAGAAAUAUAUAUUUUCGAUUUUA